AUGGCCUCCACCACCGACACUGAGAAAGCGCCGUCUGCAACCGAGAUCAACACAGCUACCCACGAGCCCGACCUCGACGAGAUCGGUGAAACGGAAGGCUACAUAGUCGAUAUCUCCCUCGUAGCCGACAAAUCUCUUGUCCAAGGACUCAAGCUCGCACCAGACGGCCAUACAGUCCUGAUCCCGCAACCAAGCAGCGAUCCAAAUGACCCAUUGAAUUGGAGUUGGACGAAGAAACAUGUCGUGUUGAUUAUCAUCAGCAUGACUGCUUUCUUGCCAGAUUAUGGGAGCGCCACGGGCGCGGUAGCGUUGAUACCGCAGGCUGCAAUUUGGGGUAUGACGGAGGAUACGGUCAAUCAUUCGCAAGCAGGGAAUGUUUUCAUGCUGGGCCCUGGUGGGUUGGCAACCAUUAUUCUUGCAGCGUACUUUGGCCGUCUGCCCGUGCUUUGGUACUUUGUGAUUAUUGCGCUCUUGACUGCAGCUUGGUGUGCGGCUGCUACGAGUUUCAAUAGUUUCAUGGCAGCGAGAGUGCUAAAUGGAUUCUUUUCGACUGUCGCUCAGGGGGGUGGGCUUAUGUUCAUCAAAGAUAUCUUCUUCUUUCACGAGCACCCGCGCAAAAUCAACAUCUGGGCUGGAUUCGUAAUCCUCUCCCCGUACUUCGGCCCCCUCUUUACAGCCUUUAUCCUCAAUGUCACAAAGUGGGAAUGGGGCUUCUGGCUCCUCACGAUAAUGACAGCGGUUUGCUUCCUCCUCAUAACCUUCUUCGGCGAAGAAACCUUCUACAACCGACACAUUCCCGCCUCUCAACAAGCCGUCCCGAAGUCUCGCUGGCGAAGAAUCAUCGGUAUCGAGCAAUGGGAAAGCAGGAAGCAAAGGAGCACCUUCUGGGAAGCGUUCGUGAGACCUUGGAAGGUAAUCGCGAAGCCGACUGUGCUGUUGAGCUGUACUUACUACUGCUUUACAUUCGCAUGGGUUGUGGGAAUCAACACUACGCUUUCCAUCUUCCUUACCCCGCUUUACAACUUCGGAUUGAAGCAAAUCGGCUUCUUUUACUUUACCCCCGUCGUCGCAGCCCUCCUCGGCUUCGUAUCCGGCCACUGGCUCCACGACCUCGCAGCCCGCGUUUACAUGAAGCGCCACAACGGCAUCCUCGAACCCGAAGCGCGUCUCGCCAUCAUCUGGUUCAGCACACCUUUCAUGAUCGCCGGCCUCGUCCUCCUCGGCUUCUGCCUCGAAAACGGUUACCACUACAUGGUCACCUCUCUCGCGUGGGGUCUCUACGUCUUCGGUAUCAUGGUCACGACAGUGGCUAUCUCGAGCUAUAAUCUUGACUGUUAUCCCGAGGGAAGCGGUGAGGUUGGUGCGUGGUUGAACCAGAGUAGGACUCUAGGUGGUUUCGUGAUUAGUUAUUUGCAGGUUAAGUGGGCGUUGAAGACGGGCACGGAGACGAGUUUUGGGACGCAGGCUGCAGUCGUGGGAGGUAUGUUCUUCAUUGUGGUAAUUCUGCAGAUUUAUGGGAAGAGGAUGCGAACUUGGAGUGGGAGGUUGCAUUUUAAGACUAAUUAG